UAAAUAGACCCAAAAGUACAAAACAUCAAAAAAACCCACAACUUCACCAUUGUUUGUUAUCGUCAGAUUAUGAAUCAAAGUGACUGAUGGCAGACGGACAAUAACAACAGAAGCUCCAAUAUGAGAAUAUAAUCCAGUGGGCUUGGGCGAAAUGAAUUUUCUACUCAACAACAGCGGCAGCAUUAAAAUCAUGGCAAGUCAUCUUGAGUCGAAGGCCUAAAGUGCCGCAUAAGUAGAGCAAGCUCAGAAGAAAAAAAAAAUUAUUAACCAUUUGAUUGUGGUUCCCACUCACAAAAAUUUAUUCAGCAUAUUUUUGUUUUCUUCUAAAAAUCAUAACAGCCUUAGACUUGCCUUGAAGAAGAAUAAAAGCGGUUUAGUAGAAAAUACCGAUUUUCAGCUGAAGUAAUCGACUAACAAAAAUCUCAAAUUUAUCGCAGCAACAUAAGGGACAAGAGCGAAACCAUCUCCAGACACACACACAUUCGCACUUUUCCAUCAACAUUGCCAUGGAGUCUAUACCGCAAAGGCAUUCGGUCAUGUGUCUGUAAAGACAAACACACACACACACACGCACCUCCAACCACAGUCAAAUUUGCUCAUAUUCAUAUUGUAUGCGCCGGAUAUGAAGGCAUUCAAGGAUAAAAAAGGCUUUUUAUUGAAAUAAUCCGGCUUAACUUAAAGUAGAACCGCUGCCCGCAAAGACCUCAACACCCCCAAACCUAUUCAACGAACAAUGCCCAUUGAGAGACCAAAAACGAGGCAAACAUAUUAAAAGGCAGCGUUUUUCUAGCAUUCAUGCUGUAAGUCACACCAGCAAGGCAGGCAGUCUGUCGGUCGUCAACGAGGCAAAAAGUCACUCAGCGGUCUUUGCUUGUUAUUCAUUCAACUGGUUGAAUUCCAAGGACACUACACGCCUUCAAACAGCGUAUCCUUGUAAUCAGCCAUCAACAGCAUCAUCUCUACUUUCACCCUCCCCCUCCCCCUCCCCUCACCACCUUCUCCUUUGCCUUCAUAGCAAGAACGUGGCUGGGAAGCUACGUUCUAGCCCCACCAAAGCGUCUUUAUGCUUAACUACGCCAGCAACAACAACCAAAACACCAACAACAACAGUGCUUCCAUAGUCGUCGCUCCCAAUAUCAAUCCGACAGCCUUAGCGAAUAUAUCAGGCAAAAGUCAUCCCAGCAACAUGAAGUUAUCAAAGCUAUCUAACCAAACCAAUUCACAGGAUCCGCAGGCGGUUAAUUCACGUAUUUUUGUGGGAAAUUUGAAUACGUUUCAGUGCUCCAAAACCGAUGUGGAACGUAUGUUUCAGAUUUAUGGCCGUCUUGCAGGAAUAUCCAUGCAUAAAGGUUAUGCAUUUGUGCAGUUCACAAAUCCUUUUGAUGCUCGCAAUGCCUGUCUGGGAGAAGAUGGCAAACUGGUCUUAAGUCAGACAUUGGAUGUCAACAUGGUGGCCGAGCCCAAAGCCCAUCAAGUGGGAAGAAAAAGGCAAAAUAUUAAUAAAACUGGAAAUGAUUGGGACUAUUUCUAUGACAGCUAUUACUCCUCCACCAUUCAUCGCAGCAGCUCAAUGCGUCCGAAAAAACGCAAACGCCUUAUGAGCAACAAUUCCAGUCGCAUGGUCACACUAAGCGAUGCGGUCAAUAGCAGCAACAUCAAUGCGGCCAUGGCUGCUGCCAGCAUGGCCCAACAGCAACAACAAUUGGUGCAACAACAUCAGCAGCAACAACAGCAGCAUCAUCAGCAACAGGCUGCCGUUGUGGCUAUGGCGGCCAUGGCCAAUUUACUGCCACAACAGCAAAUGCUGCUGCAUCAUCAGCAACAAAGUUUGCUAUCCAAUACAAAUGGAGCAGCGGCUGUAGCUUGCAAUGGCACCACCACAGCACCCCAUCAUGCCAGUCUCAAUAUGUAUCUGCAGCAACAGCAGCAGCAUCAACAGCUGAAACAACAACAUCAACAAGCGGCAGCUGCCGCAGUGGCUGCUGCUGCCCAAUAUGCAGCUGUUACCAAUGGCCCGCUACAAUUGAAAAUGUCAUCGCCCCUGGUGACAGGCAACACGGCACAGACGACAGCUCACAGCACAGCCUCAUUACUGGCGCAUGACACCGAACAAUUGUUGGCUACCACAACCGCACCAACCACCCACCAGUCACAGUUGUUGCAACACCAGCACCAGCAGCAGCAACAACAACAACAGCAUGCAGGAGCAUCACACAUCUUGCAGCCCUUAACGUUGACAUUGUCACCACAACAGCAGCAGCAGCAGCAGCAGCAUCAUCAACAACAACAGCAGCAACAUUUCAAUAGCAUGCAACAACAGCAGCAUCAUCAAAAACACAACCACCAUCACCAUCAACAGCAACAACAACAACAGCAAAUGAUGUACAACAACCAACAACAACAACAACAACAACAACAACAGCAAGCAUUACAGCAACAUAUCCAGGAUCAAUUAGCAUUGACCCAACCAUGGGGACCUUUCAAAGUCUACAGCAAUCCGGACACAUUAAUUUGUGGCAAUUGUCGAGAAUGUUUCAACGAACUGGCUGAAUUAUUAGACCACAAGAGAAGUUAUUGUAAACUACGAUUCACAUGCAAAUGCCAGGAUAUAACAAUGCCAACAAAAAAUCCAGCCCUCGGAGCUAAAUUACUGUGUGCCGUAUGCAAGGAUGCCUUCACCAAUCCCUGGGAUCUAAUGGUACAUGCCCAGGCGGCCCAUAUGGUUAACAUUUAUGAAUUGGGCUCGGAGCCCAAUAACAACAGCACCAGCACUGCCAACAACAACAGCAACAUGGCCAACACCACCAAUAAUGCCAACAACAGCCUAAGCAUGGAUGAGGCUAUUGUGACAGUGGGGGCGACACCACCAUCAUCAUCGUCCUUAGAAACAUCAACAGCAUCUGCAACAAAUAUGACCAACAACAUCAAUGAUCCCAAUAACAUCAACGGUCUGCAUUGCAACAAUUCGAAUGACAAUGACUCCAACAAUAAUACCAAGAACCACAAUGACAUUACCAUGUCACGCGAGGCAAAUUGUUUCACCCUUUCCCCGGAUAAAAUGUUAUCCACUUCGCCUUUGGCAGCAUCACCCUGCUCUGUGGCCAAUGUAAAUGGUGCAGAUUUUGGAGUAAUGGCGACGGGUGCUUCGCCCCAUGACAAUGGCUGCAAUGGCAUUGUCAUGCCACUCGAACUGGGUCAGCACACCAAUGAUACGGAGGCUCAUUUGGAGCUUAAAUUUGGCAUUUGCAAUAGUCCUAUUGCCACAAUUAACAACAAAGAGGAGAACAACUCCCAACGCGAUGAGGGCUCCAUGGAUGAACGCAUGUCCGAUGACAUAAAACUGAAUAAUGCCAAUGGCUCGGUGUCAUCGCGUGGCAGCACACCAACUAACAUGGAUCACGAUAGCUGUGACAUAUCACAGCCACAAAAGCGAGCAUGCAUUGUGCGAACUUUAAGCAUUGAGGCCUCCACCACCAACAGAGGCGGCAAUAGCCCCACAACAUCGGCCACACUUGGCUUAAUAACCAACAGUUUGGCUUUAAGCUUGAAUAACAGUGCUGCCGCUGCUGCUGCUGUGGCUUCACAGGCGGCAGCUGCUAUUGCGCCACAAUAGGGCAGCCCACAGACCCCAAGCGCUCAAAUUCGUACAUUUAAAUUUCCAAAAAACCGCAGAAAAAAAGCAAAAAACUACCACAGCAACAACUACAACUACAAAUACAAUCGUAAUGGCCAGCAACAACGCCUCGCCCAUCGAGAACAUCAUGGGCAGCUCAACAAUGCCACCAUGGUAGCAACAGCUACAACAACCACGGAAAACAAACAAUUUGUUCGCACUUUUUUGUCCUACUAUCCUUUGUCAGAACGAACAUCAGCAUCAACGCCAGCACUCCCAAGAACCCCUGCCCAUUUUUGCGUAUGGAGAUCUGAACAAAUAUUUCGAGGGCAGCAACAACACUGAUGCGACGACCCCAAAUGCCUGCAAGCUCGAAAGCUAUCCUCGGCCAAAAACCCAUAACAAAAUAAAGCCCUGCAAAUGAACGUCAAGAUUAUAAAUAAUUUAAGCCUUCAGUUGCAGUUUUUGAACUCUGCAAAACUAUACAACAAUGGGUAAAUAUAUUAAGGGAGUGUUUGUUACUGCAUUUUAUAUUUCAAUGCUUCCUAGAGGCAGGUUACACUUCUCUACCACUCACCCACUCACUGGCCCUACCAAAAAUCCAAAAAAAUAAUAUUUUUUUCAUUUUGAAUUUAUUCUGCAGCCGUCUGUCUGUCUGUCUGCGUUGUUGAUGCAUACUGUAGGCCUGAAUGCCAAUGAAAUAUGGAUAGGACCCAUAGAUGUAGGUUCGUAAUAUAUUCAGUGCCAUUCUAUGAUGAACACAAGCCUUUUUGGAAUAUUUAAGAAACCUAAGUAAAGGACUAAAUUCAAUAAGAAUAAGAGUAAAACGAGCCAGGAUUUUUCUUAAAUUGACCUAUUAUUGAUUUUUAGAAAACACAGGAAAAAAACUAAAAAAUGCUUUCAAUCACGAAAUUAAUUGAUCCUUAUUAAUUUUUUAACUGAUACUGCAUCAAUCACGAAAAUGAUAAUAUUGAUUAAACAUUUUCGUAUUCAAUUAAAACAAGUAACCAGUAAGGAAAGGCAAAAGUCGGACGGAGCCUAUGUGUCCAGUAAUGAUACCGAGAGCAAUGCCAACCUCCUUCUUACUUCCUUUCAGUAAUAGCCUGAUCUUCUCACGAUCUGGCUCUCCCCAUAGGAUUUUCGCCGUUCUACCGAGCGUUUCGCUGUUCCACAGUGUUGCAUGAGCUUUCGUCGCCCACGUCCUUAACACAGGAAAAAAACUAAAAAUCGCCCUCAAUCACGAAAUUAAUUGAUCCCAUUAAUUUUUUAACUGAUACUGCUUCAAACACGAAAAUGAUAAUAUUGAUUAAAAAUUUUCGUAUUCAAUUAAC